GCACAUUUCAUAUACAUAAUUUUGGCAUUGAAUUAUACCAUUCGUUGAGUUAUGCCCAUCUAUUCUUGCUAAGUUUAGUUGAAUAUUUGCAUGAAAAUCAUAUAAUGAAUCAUUUACUAGUCAUUGUGUUUCUUUUGCAGAAAAGUGCGACAAGGCACUAUAAUCUACAAGUUUCUGUCUAGAAAGAAUUGAGGAACAAGAUCACGGGCAAGAAGAGAAGAAAGAGGUACUCAAGCUUGAAGAAGAUUAAAGCUUAGGGGGACUAGCUUAAGAAGUGGAGGGAUCAUCUUGUGCCAAAAGAAGGAAGAAGGAGGGCCAAAGUGAAAACAUUCAGAUCUGAUCGGAGGGGAUCAAAAUCCCUAGCAGCCUCCAUUCCCAAACCGGGCCUGGCAUCUCCAUCUCUCUCCCUCACCCCUCCUUCUCCACCUCCGGCCGCCGCCAUGGCCAGGCCGGCGUGGUGGUGCGCCUCCGCCACCCAUCCAGCCAUCCAUCACCAGCACCACCGCACCCCAGCGCGCCACUAACGCCUCCAUCCACCACCUGCGCCAUCCAUUCACCACCACGCCUCGCGCGACCUCUCCCUCCAGCCGGCGCGCCUCUCCCUGCUGCUUUCCCAACUUCUUCCCCUGCUGUUCCUCUUCCUCUCUCCUUGCACCCCCUUGCUGUUGAUCUUCUCCACUUACUGCUGCUCUACUUCCUCGCCUCCUUUGCUGCUGCUCCUCUCUCCAGCGCCCCAUUCUGCUUCUCCUCUUGCUGCUGCUGCCCCCAACCUCCUGCUGCUAUCUCUCUAUACUUCCCCUGCUACCCUUCUUCUCUGAACCUACCUACUGCUUCUCUCUCUCUCUCUGAAAUAUCUGUGCAAUUGAGAUGUUUGAGACUUUGUAAGGUUCAGACUUUGUAAAAUUCAGAAUUGAGAUGUGUAUGGUGUGUAAUGUUCAGAUUUGACUAGUGCAAGCAUCUUGUUAUUUGUUCAGUUUGGUACUGGUAUAAUAUAGUACUUGUUAUGUUGGAUCUGACUAGUUGAGGCCUUGUUAAUUUGGCAGAUUAUUGAUUUAUUAGAAUUUGCUUCUGUGAAUUAGUAUUCUGCUAGCAUAUGAAUGUGUUCACCCCUUGUGUGUUUGUCCCUUACUGAAAUUUAUUCCGUUGUCCAUGUGUUAGCUCCAGUACAUGUGCUAUAUAAAUACAUGUGUGUUUGUGAUGUAAACCAUCUAUAUUGUGUCUUAUAAUCUUGUUUCUUCCAUCUCUUACAUGUUAGAUAGUCAUUUGUGUUCACUUCCCUUUUAUCGAUAAUGUCCGUGUUAGUAUUUCAAUUUCUCAAGCAUUACGAAAAUACCAAAAAGAAAGCAAGUAAAAUCUGAUCUAGCAUUAGACUUGCAUCGUCGCCGUCGCCUAGUCCCUGUGGAGAACACGACAUCCGUAGGUUCGGGCGAAAUAUCCCACUGUACUUUCAAACGAUCAUUUUGGCGCCGUUGCCGGGGACUAGCGUCGAGCGAUUUUGUUAGGCUAUAGACUAGGUUUUUCUUUUUUUCCCUUUGUGCUAUAUAUGUGAUAUAUCUCUGACCCCUAACCCUUGUUCGAGUUAUUUUCUCUUUCUUUGCUUGGUCAUUCUACAGGUUAUUGCAUCUUCUCAGAUAUGGCUUACUAUUCAGAUCAUCAUGCUUAUGCGAGCAACACUACAAACAGCACGGAAAGUAUUCAAGAAUCGAUAAGGCCAUUCACCCGAUGAAUGUCAGCGUGGUUACUCUCACCCUCCCGAUUGUUAUGGCAUGAGCUUCGCCCCACAGCCUAGCUCAUACCAAAACAAUUACUCAUAUGGGUGGCCUGAAAACCAGAAUAUGUCAUAUAGGAACAACAACCCUGAGAUCUCACCGUUUGCUUCUAGUAAUCAUAUGCAGGGAUUUAGGUAUGAAGAGGAGAACAACAACUAUGCACCACAGCAAUUGUAUUCACCUCCUACUCAUAUACCACAACACCAGGAGAUGUUGCCAAUGGAGUUAAAUGGUCCUCCAUUUGGUCAACCAACACCUUCAACACAAGUGCCCAUACAAGAUGAUUUUGAUGAUAUAGACAAGCUCACAUUGCUUAGUCUCGAGUUCACUUGGAGUGCCGAAGAUGAUCCAAUUAGGCCGGUGAUACUAGAGGAAAUGAAGAAGAUCAAGAGUGGAAAAGAGCUAGUGGAAGAAGUAAGGAAGAUUGAGAAGAACAUCAACGCUGGCAGCACUAUUUCACAGCUUGAGUUGAGUGUGGCUGAGAUAUCCAUGGAUACAUGUGAGGUUCCAACACCUUCACAUUUAGUUGAGCAAGACACCGAGAGCCCAGAGGAAGAAAGACCUCAGAUUGAAGAAGAAAUUCUCGAAGCCAAGGAACAAGAUGAACCAGAGCUUGAAUGCCCAAGUGAUCAAGAUGAAGAUCCGCUACCUAUCACUCAUGAAGAAGUAAAAGAAGCUGAUGUAGUUGAAGACGAAGAACCUGAGAUUCAUUUUCCUAUUAUCAUACAAGAGCGUGAUGUGCCAGGUUUACCUAAUCCUCUUGAUGUCAUGCGUCUGUAUAGUUUAUUUGCUACUACCUUGCAUUACAUGAUUCCAUCACUUAAGAUUGAUUUGAAAACUCGUAUGCUUGGAUAUGAUGAUACAUACAUUGUUGGUGGCAUUGCUCUCAUUUAUGACGAUGACACUUAUUCUCCUCAUGCUAGACUUAUGCUUAAUGGUAAAUAUCAUCCUCAUGUUAGCAUUGAGCUUGCUGAUUCUUAUCAUACUCGUCAUAUUCUAUAUUCCUAUGCUUAUAUAAUUGGAUAUUCGAUUGACGACUUAGAGGGCAUCUACCCUAUCACUUGUAGUCGUUGUUUGUGUGAGUCCUAUUUCAGGUUUUUGCUUGUGCACGAUCCACUACAUGCUGACCAGGUUCGAGGUGACAUUCCUUGGGAUCCUGGUGGAGUCAGAGCAUGGCGAUGAGGAGAAGCAAUGGGGCACACAUAUAGAAGAGUGAAGCUGGAGCAUGCACGAGGAAGCAAAGGAGAAGAGCUGCAGUUGGUGAGAUGAUCGAGCGAGUGCUACACCAUCAAAGCCCGGUGAGCUGUUUCAUGACCCAUUCCGAAUACUAUCAUCAUUUAUUGAUACUUGCUGAAAUCAAAUGUUAUUUGGGUUGCUUAAGCCAUGUCUUAAAUGUUGCCCCACUGAAUUUUAUUUGACAUAUGGUGCUUGAUGAGAAUAUGCGAACAGAUUGUUGAAUGCCAUGUAAACUAGUGAUCUACAUAUUGCUUGCUUUGCUGAAAUUAGUGAAAGCUAUUAGUUUUGAGUGCUCAAAUCCCUAGUACACUAGAAAACUUAAUCAUUUUCUGCUUUUACCUCGAUACACCUAGAUCAUUAAGUGUCAGGUGCUGAGUUUGUGCCUAAUGUGUUCCCAUUCAGAGCAAUCACUUACCACUAUGGAUUAGCAUGCUAUGUUCUCUGGAUCGGUAGCAUGUGAACUAGACAUGGAUGAGUGAUGAUUCUUGUUUUUGUUCAUUUGAAAAAUGAAAAAAAAUUUAUAUCUUUUAAUGAAUAAUAAGUCUGACUACCUACAGUAGCAUGUCAUGUUCCCUGGAUCGGUGGCAUGUGAAAUCGGGUUAGCUUGGGCAGUAAUUAAUAAAUAAAUAUGCAAUUGUCGAACCAGGUGUAUACCAUGUUCUCUGGAUCAGUGGUAUGUUCCUUUGGGGAGACAAACAAAAAAAACUAAUAAUUGGUCGAGCCAGGUGUAUACCAUGUUCACGGGAUCGGUGGUAUGUUCCUUUGGUGAGACUGAUAAAAUAUUAUAAUUACUAACUUCAAAUUUAAUAAGUGGUUCAACCACAAUAUUAUAUUUCUGCAAAUAAGUGAUUUAAUUCAAGUUCCUUUUGUUCUCAGGAUCAUGCUCUCUUUAGGAACCUUUUGGCACAAUCAGCAUUUGAACUUGCUAAUCUUCGUUUAUCAUUGCAAAAGUUUAAAAUGGUCAAGUCUACUAGUAUCCUACUGCUUUGUAGCACUCUAACCAUUAAUUUUCACUAACGAAGUCUGAAGCAUGCACUGUUUAGAGAUCUACUUCACUUGACAUUCUGCAGUCAGUUCACAAUUCACUAUCUAGUUCUUGUCAUAUUCCUUUGCUUGAGGACAAGCAAAGAUUUAAGUGUGGGGAAACUUGAUAAGCACAUUUCAUAUACAUAAUUUUGGCAUUGAAUUAUACCAUUCGUUGAGUUAUGCCCAUCUAUUCUUGCUAAGUUUAGUUGAAUAUUUGCAUGAAAAUCAUAUAAUGAAUCAUUUACUAGUCAUUGUGUUUCUUUUGCAGAAAAGUGCGACAAGGCACUAUAAUCUACAAGUUUCUGUCUAGAAAGAAUUGAGGAACAAGAUCACGGGCAAGAAGAGAAGAAAGAGGGACUCAAGCUUGAAGAAGAUUAAAGCUUAGGGGGGCUAGCUUAAGAAGUGGAGGGAUCAUCUUGUGCCAAAAGAAGGAAGAAGGAGGGCCAAAGUGAAAACAUUCAGAUCUGAUCGGAGGGGAUCAAAAUCCCUAGCAGCCUCCAUUCCCAAACCGGGCCUGGCAUCUCCAUCUCUCUCCCUCACCCCUCCUUCUCCACCUCCGGCCGCCGCCACGGCCAGGCCGGCGUGGUGGUGCGCCUCCGCCACCCAUCCAGCCAUCCAUCACCAGCACCACCGCACCCCAGCGCGCCACUAACGCCUCCAUCCACCACCUGCGCCAUCCAUUCACCACCACACCUCGCGCGACCUCUCCCUCCAGCCGGCGCGCCUCUCCCUGCUGCUUUCCCAAUUUCUUCUUCCCCUGCUGUUCCUCUUCCUCUCUCCUUGCGCCCCCUUGCUGCUGAUCUUCUCCACUUACUGCUGCUCUACUUCCUUGCCUCCUUUGCUGCUGCUCCUCUCUCCAGCGCCCCAUUCUGCUUCUCCUCUUGCUGCUGCUGCCCCCAACCUCCUGCUGCUAUCUCUCUAUACUUCCCCUGCUACCCUUCUUCUCUGAACCUACCUACUGCUUCUCUCUCUCUCUCUGAAAUAUCUGUGCAAUUGAGAUGUUUGAGGCUUUGUAAGGUUCAGACUUUGUAAAAUUCAGAAUUGAGAUGUGUAUGGUGUGUAAUGUUCAGAUUUGACUAGUGCAAGCAUCUUGUUAUUUGUUCAGUUUGGUACUGGUAUAAUAUAGUACUUGUUAUGUUGGAUCUGACUAGUUGAGGCCUUGUUAAUUUGGCAGAUUAUUGAUCUAUUAGAAUUUGCUUCUGUGAA